AUGGAAUGCACAGAGCAAACGGAAAUCUCAGAAGUGGACUGGAUAAUCUGUUUUGCUUUGAUUAAAUUUAGGAAUCCUACGUUGUGGAAAAAAGCCCUUUCAAGAAAGGGAGACAGGAUUGACUUUGAAAAUGCCCGUCAGCAUGAGAAGAACGUGAAGAUAAAUCCAAGGGAAAACUCAAAACAUAUAUACAAAUGGGUUGCACCCUUUGAAAAGGGCUUUUUGAACAAUAGAUCUUUGUUUGCUCAAUUGGAACCCAUAUAUAAUUUCAUUUGUGAAAAUAAACAUCAGUCAUUUGACAACGCUGUUGUUUUAAAGGAGUUGCAAUCAUUCAGCCAAGAUAUAUCAAUUGCAGAUUUGAACAACUGGUUUUUACCGAGAUACAAAAUUUUAUUGAAGGUUCUAAGCCUAAAGUCGAAGGGAACCGAUCUUAAGGGAAUUUCACAGGUAUUCCAAGCGUUCCAAGUUCUGCUAGUUUCCCAUUAUUUGGGACGUUUGGAUUCUGACUCCUCUUUCAAGAAGACAUUGAUUGAUGUUCAUGUUUAUAACUUCAUCGCCAAGUUUUUAUUCAAUAAGAUUCUAUUAAAGAAGAACCAGAGCGAUCCCAAAUGGAUUCAAAAGUUUUACAACCAGGAGAAUAAAAACCUUUCUAGUGAUAAAGUCGACUGCAAGCUGUUGUGUUCAUUGCAUUUUACGACAAUUUACUCUAUUAUCAAUAUUCAAUUGGUUAGAAUUAAAAUAAAUCAAACACUUGAACCACAAAUUUCAAAAUACCUUUCAGUUCUGAAAGUAAUUGAGCACAUAAUUUCCGUCACUGAAAGCCUAAUACAUGUGCUCGUCAGAUUAGUAUCCCAGCGUAAACAAAUAUAUGUCAACCGGAAGAAGGCAUAUUGCCGGAUAUAUCUUGAGAGAGAGUUGUGCUUGAAGAAGACCUAUUUAGGGAGCUUUUACAGCAUAAUAAGUGCUAUUCCAAAAGAAGAGCACCAAGGCCUAUUAAAAAUUGUCAAGACAGUUAUUUUGUCCCUACUUGAAGCAUUAGAGUGCAUUGAGUGGAAAAGUUUAACGGCCUUUCUAGAAAAGUUUCCCAAGUAUGAAAUUUCACUACACAGAAAAAAAGCGUAUACGCAGGCUGCACUUUUAGUUACGGCUGAAAGAAGUUUGAUCGCUCGGUUUCGUUUGUCAAGCUGGUUCAAGAAAACAGCAGGUAAUUGA